CGGUAACCGACCCUUACCAAAAUAUGUUAUUGGGACAACUAUUUUCGCCAAACAACCUACGACUACGAGAUUUGGGAGGGCGUGACGACGACGGUUCUCGUGUUUGGAAAUAGCGCUCAAGUCGGGCCAACGUCGGAUGGUGAAUGCAGACUCUAGAGAUGACGAUGCUGCGACCACCAAGCCAUGGAUGCGAAACUCUAACUCUUACACCCAAUUACUCUGCAAAGAAGAUCGUACCAAGGACCAUCAAAUCUUGUGCUUCCAAAGAGGACCUUCGAGGCCAAUCCGUUGCUGUUAUUGGUCUGGGAAAAUCUGGAAGAGCUGCGGCUAGGCUUGCUCUUGCUAGAGGUGCUUCAGUUCUAGCAAUUGACCAGAAUGAGAAUUUGGGUCCUUUAGAGCAAGAUCCUCUUUUUGAGAAGCAUAGUGGUCUGAGAACAAUCCUUGGAAACUUUGAUAGACAGCUAUUCAAGGAUGUAGAUAUGGUGGUUGUUUCCCCUGGAGUUCCUCUAGAAAAUUAUGGUCUUUCCUCGUUGUUGGAAGCAGGAAAGCAGGUGAUGUCAGAGUUAGAUUUUGCUGCAGAAGUUCUUCCAAAAAGUAUCAAGAUUUUAGCAGUGACUGGAACCAAUGGAAAAUCAACUGUUGUUACUUUCGCUGGACAGAUGCUUAAGCAUUUUGGCAUUGAGGCAUUUGUUGGGGGAAACCUUGGCAAUCCACUCUCAGAGGCUGCAUUCCAGUCCUUAAAAUCAGUUUCUAUGAAGCCAAAGUUUCAAGUUGCUAUUGUGGAGGUUAGCAGUUAUCAAAUGGAAAUUCCCAACAAGUACUUCUGCCCUUCAGUUUCCGUGGUGUUAAACCUGACCCCUGAUCAUUUAGAGAGGCACAAGACAAUGAAAAAUUAUGCAAGGACUAAGUGUCGUUUAGUUUCUCACAUGACCGACACCAAACUGGGACUUCUAUGUUUCGGAAAUCAUCACUUGAAUGAAGCAAUUACGGAACAUGUCAAUGAAUUUAAUCUUGCUUGGAUAGGAGCCUUUCCGGGUAUGAAAAUUGAUAUGGAGACCAAAAUUGCCAGCUUCGAAGUUCCUAUCAUUGGAGUUAAGUCACAACUGCAAUUAGGUGCAAUGAACGUGAUGGGAAUGCACAACUACCUUAAUGCUGCAGUGGCUGCAUUAUCGAUUCUCGGGCUCAAUGUUGGAGUUGAUACUGAAGGCAUCAGUUCAGCAAUUGAAAACUUAAAGGCACCACCUCAUCGGAUGCAAAUUGUACACACAGAUAUCAAUGGAGUAAUAUGGGUGGAUGACAGCAAGGCAACGAACGUCCAUGCAACAUACAUAGGACUAAUAGGUCUAAAGGGACAAAAGUCCGUGAUUCUACUUGGUGGCCUUGCAAAGGUUGUAUGUGGACAAGAAACUAGUGGAUUUGAACAAUUGAUAGAUCCGCUUAAGUAUCAUAGAUGCGUAAUCACUUUUGGAUCUUCAGGAACGCUGAUUCAAAAGACAUUAUUUAAGAAUGGUCUUAGCAUUCCCUGUAUUAGAGCUGCAACUAUGAAGGAUGCCAUCAACUGUGCCAGGAGGAUGGCAAAAUUUGGGGAUGCUAUCGUGCUUAGUCCAGGUUGUGCGAGCUUUGAUGAAUUCAAGAAUUUUGAGCACAGAGGGAUGGUUUUUCAGGAGCUUGCCUGUUCAUCAUAUGCAUAGGUUUAUGGAGAUAAAUCGCUUUCCAGAAGAGGGUUGAUUUUCGAAGACGUGAAUCCAUGAAAUUCUUCAUCAUUUGAAUCAAGUGAUUGUUUAAGACAUUGAACAAUUGCAAUUGCAGAUCUCAGUCAUAGUUUAUAGAGACGAUGAGGAUUCUGUUGGCAGAAAUUUCAUCUGAGAAUGGGUGUAGAAUGUGAAGAGAAAAUCUGAUUUCAGUGUAAUCAAAUUACUGUAAAAUUUAUUGACAAAAAUAGAAUUUUCUUUUUAGUUUUCCUCGUUUAUAACUCUCGUGGUGAUGUGGGACAAUGCCCAAGAGAACCGAAGGGCAGAACAUUUGUUUAAGUAGUCUUGUUGCACUGAUGACUGAUGCCAUGUAACUUCAUCGAUUAAACUUUUGAGUUCAAAAGUUGAUAGAAAA